AUGGGGAGCAACACUAGUGGGGUAGGAAGUGUCAGGCACCUGGAGAGGGGAACAGGUGUCCUGGCACAUAAAUCUCAAAGAGUUGGCGGCCAUUCAUUUGGCUCUCCAAUUCUUCGAAGACCAAGUCUCAAACUGAAUUGUCCAGAUCAACUCGGACAACACCACAGCUCUGGCUUACCUCAAGAAACAGGGAGGAAUGCACUCUCGGUCCCUGUUCAGUCUAGCGAGGGAGAUCCUGUUGUGGGCACAAGCACGAGGCGUAACGAUCCUUACGAGGUUUGUGGCAGGUGUCGAAAACGUCCGUGCAGAUCUUCUCAGUCGGCAAGAUCAACUGCUGCCGACCGAAUGGACUCUUCAUCAGGAGGUAUGCCAGGAGCUGUGGAGGCUAUGGGGACGUCCUCUAGUAGACCUUUUCGCUACAUCGAGGACGAGGAGACUUCCGCUAUACUGCUCCCCUGUUCUCGACCCAGGAGCAGUAGCGAUAGAUGCCCUUCUCUGGGAUUGGACAGGGAUGGACCUUUAUGCCUUCCCCCCGUUCAAGAUCUUGGGAGAAGUCAUGAGGAAGUUCGCAGCAUCGGAAGGGACGAGAAUGACUUUGAUCGCCCCGCUUUGGCCUGCGAAGGAAUGGUUCACAGAGGUCAUGACCUUCUUGGUAGACUUCCCAAGGACGCUACCCUUGAGGACAGAUCUACUCAGACAGCCCCACUUCGAGAGGUACCACAAAAACCUCUCCGCUCUGAGAGUUGGUAUAGAAAGAAGGGCGUUUCCUCUACCACGACCUCUGUGAAUCAAAUAGCAGACUUCCUCCUUUAUCUAAGGAAUGACUUAAAGUUAGCAGUCCCGACAAUAAAAGGCUACAGGAGUGUGUUGUCGGCAGUGUUUAGACACAGAGGCCUGGAUUUGGCUAAUAACAAGGACCUUCAUGAUUUAUUAAGAUCCUUUGAGACCACGAAGGUAGCUCAACCUAAGCUGCCUUCCUGGAACUUGGACGUGGUCCUGAAGUUCUUGACGUCCAGUCCAUUUGAACCUCUCCAGGAUGCAUCUUUGAGGAACGUUACAAGAAAGGCUAUUUUCCUAACUGCUCUGGUGACGGCGAAGAGAGUUAGCGAAAUUCAAGUGAUCAGUAAGCAUGUUGGCUUCAAAGGGCAUAAUGCUGUUUGUUUGUUGAGCCCAAUGUUCCUAGCUAAAAAUGAAAACCCUUCCAACCCUUGGUCUAAGAGUUUUGAGAUAAAAGGGAUGGCUGAAAUUAUUGGACGAGAGCCAGAGAGAGUCCUGUGCCCUGUCAGGGCUCUCAAAUUUUAUUUGCAGAAAACGAUGGAAUGUCGAGGCCCUUCAAGCAACUUGUGA